UGACGUAAGGGAGAGCGUAAUUAGACUGGCUGGUGUGCUGGUUGCACGCACAAAUUUAAGAAAAAAAGAUAACUGUAGACUGCGCGUGAGGUUGCCCUGAACACUUGUAUGUUUGAUUUUGGAUUUGUUUAAUCUCGUAACUUUUCCUUUUGUAAGAAAACAAGCACAGUCUAGUGAAGAUGUCGUACAUGCUGCCUCAUCUCCACAAUGGCUGGCAGGUGGACCAGGCCAUUCUGUCAGAAGAAGAUAGAGUUCUGGUGAUUAGAUUUGGCCAUGACUGGGAUCCCACCUGUAUGAAGAUGGAUGAAGUAUUGUACAGUAUUGCUGAAAAAGUGAAAAAUUUUGCAGUAAUUUAUCUUGUGGAUAUCACAGAGGUGCCAGACUUUAACAAGAUGUAUGAAUUGUAUGACCCUUGCACUGUUAUGUUUUUUUUCAGGAACAAACACAUCAUGAUAGAUUUAGGCACUGGUAACAAUAACAAAAUCAACUGGACAAUGGAAGACAAUAAUGAGAUGAUAGACAUUGUAGAGACAGUUUAUAGAGGGGCGCGUAAAGGACGAGGUCUGGUGGUGUCUCCGAAGGACUACUCUACCAAAUACAGAUACUGAUUCCAAUGGAUCCUUGCCAAAGUUCCAGCUUUUUUCAACAUUGAUGACACAUUUAGCUGGACAAAAAAAAAAAAUACACUUUUUUGUUUGUUUUUCUUUUCAGUUCUUUCAUGCCUUUUGAAAAUUAGCUUUUUGGAUACCACAAUGGCAAAGAUAUUGGUUCAGUAAAGUCAUAAAUUGUU